AUGAAGAAACAAUGGUUAUCAAAUUUUAUAUUAGCCGGUAUUAUUAGAUUUUUAUUAAUGAAUUCUGAAUACCAAAAAGUUAUUAGUGAUCGUGUGGAAGUUUCUACUGCACUGAAUUCGUGGAAGAGAGUAACUGAAGGAGUGUAUUUGUAUAAUUGUGGCAUUGAUCCCUAUGUAGGAGAUUUGUUUCACGAAACACCCAUUGGAUUAUAUGUUUUCAAUUUCAUACAACAACAUCUAUCACAAUGGAUCUUAUUUUGCUUAUUUGUGUUUACCGAUUUGUUAACAGCAGUAUUUCUUGGACUUACAGCUAAACAAUAUACAACUAAAUUGGUUUCUAAACAAAAAGUAGAAGAAAAAUUGUGCAAUGAAAAUAAAGAAACUCAUAAUGAUGCAUCUAUAGUAUAUACUUCGAUGAUGUAUGUCUCAGCAGGAUAUUUAUUCAAUCCAUAUAUAAUACUAAACUGUGUUGGACAUACAACAACAGUAUUCACAAAUUUGUUGUAUUCCAUAGCAUUGGUUUCAAUGACAAGAUCUAUAUUUUGGAAUUGUUUAUCAAUUUCUCUAUUAACACUACAAGGACUCUAUCCUGUUUCACUCACAGUGCCAGCAAUCAUUUAUAUUACUCAUUCUAAUAGUAUAAAACAAAAAAGGAAUAUUAUGAACUAUGUUAUAGUAUUUGCAAGCAUAAUAACCACUCUGUUUGGUAUUUCGUAUUAUAUUAUGGGAAGUUGGUCAUUUCUUUGGAGCACACUUGGCUUUAUUCUAACCGUUCCUGAUUUACGUCCAAAUGUUGGACUUUAUUGGUAUUUUUUCACAGAAGUAUUUGAACAUUUUAGAUGGCUUUUCAUCGCUUCCUUUCAAAUAAAUGUCAGUUUAUUGUAUAUAGUACCAUUGGCAUUAAGGUUACGACAUGAUCCUAUGUUAUUAGCAUUUUCUUACUUAGCAGUUACUGCCAUAUUUAAAUCUUAUCCUUGCAUAGGAGAUGUUGGAUUCUAUAUAUCUCUUUUACCACUAUGGAAACACUUAUUCCAAUAUCAGCCAAUGCAAAUUUUUAUUUUGGAGUCACAUUAGCAUUUGCUAUAGCACAAAUUUUUUUACUAACAGAUAUUCUUUUCGCGAGUGUAAAACAUGAAUUUGCUGUACGUCACGGUAUUAAUAAGGAUAUUAGUGGAGGUACUGCGAAACUUCUUUUAGAAUAA